UUGUGACAGUUCAUGUCAAAAGAGCUGUGUGAGAAUAUCAGAUGGGAGAGAGCCGCACGGCCUGGAUGACGGAACAGAUUAAACACAGCAGGUACUCCGAAGAUGGGGCUGCUCAGGUACAAGACUGUCUAAGCUGGAUAAUUGUAACUAAUUCAAGUCAAAAGCAAGACGGUAAUUAGAGACCUGGCACUGGUACAUCACGACAGCAGCAGUGUUACCAUGGAGACUGGCAAGCCAGUAUGUGCUCCAGUGCACAUCAGCUCAGCUGCAGCGCAGACAGAGAAAAGGAUGGAUGUCCAGGCCCCGCUGACGGCUGUUUACAUCCACACAGUGCCUGCUCUACCAGCGCAGCCUUUCCCACAGCUUCCUGCUGCUGCACGGGAACCGGCCACGCUCCAUCUGACCAUGCCGCCGCUCUACUCCAAGGAGACCCUUCGCUUUCUGACGCUCCACAUUGCCGGUGGGCUGCAUUCUUCGCCAGGGUUGAGUCCGGCAGCUGCUGCUCCUACCGCCAGACCCAAAUCGGCAGGAAAGCAUGUGUGUCCUCACUGCGGACGGGACUGUAUGAAGCCCAGUGUGCUGGAGAAACAUCUCCGCUGCCACACAGGGGAGCGGCCCUACCCCUGCACCACUUGCGGAGUUUCUUUUAAGACUCAGAGCAACCUCUACAAACAUAAACGUACUCAGGCUCAUGCCCGCCUCUCAUCCGAGUCAGAGCAGAGCAGCCUGGGCAGCCUAGACAGCAUGUCCAGCUCAACAGAGACUCAUUCCUCCAGUCUGUCUCUGGAUGAGCACAGUGAGGAGACGGGCAGCAUGGAGAAGGAUGCCACACUACCUGCUGCUGAGAUUACCUGUCCAGCCAAUACUACAGAGGUCUUCUCUGUAACGACACAGGGCUCCGUGUGUGAGCAGAGAGACUUGGCCCCUGCAAGACAUAAAACAGAUUCAAAUGAAAGUGCAAAGGUAAGAAAAGUAGAGGAGAACCUGAGAAUGGAAAAUGAACAACCUCCUUCGACUGUUGGUCGACAUCUUCCACUUCAGAGACAAAAGGCCACUGUGUUCUCCAAGCAGUGGGAGAGCUCGGUAUCCAGAGGAACAUCACAGAACCACGAGAGCACAGACUCAGGUUUCAGCGAGAGCAGUGACCACUACCCAAGUCCUGGUAGUGUUUUACACGACCACAGUCUGGAUUCUCUUACUGAAUCUAAUAAAGAGCAUCUUGAGGAAACAACAAACACACACACGUCUUCAGAACCAGACAAAGGUGCAAGGGAGCAGGAGCAGAAGACACUGGAGGAGCGCAUAUCUAAGCUGAUAUCUGAGAAUACAGCUGUUGUAGAGGACAAACAGCUGGAGAAUGUAAGGCCUCGAAAGACUGCUCUUUCAAAGCAGGGUAGCAUCGACCUCCCUUUGCCAUACACAUACAAGGACUCCUUUCACUUUGACAUGAAGAUCAGUAGGACUCCGAAUGUUGGGUUGCAAAGAAACAGGAAGCCUGGACUGUACAGCUCUGUGCCCACUCAGCAGUCAACCACCAUGGAGCAUGGCCUCUUAACCCGCAGCAACUCCCUCCCCUUCAGCGUCACACCCCUGCAGCCUGAGAGGAGCAGCUCAACCUCUUCCUAUCAGAGCAAUUAUGAAUCACUGGAUCGCAGGGGAAGCUCAGGCCAGAUCAACCCAGCAGGUUUUGCCAUAAAGCCUGUGAACCAACAGUCAUCCACCCACCGGCCACUGGUCAGACAGACAGCCGUAGACUGCAACCACGCAACAGACGGUCUCUUUAUGAAUUCAUCUGUGGAGGAGGCGAGCACCGGCAGUCUCAGCUGCGAUGGGAACAUUUGCGGAGAGCCAAGCAACAGAAAGUUCCGGAGGAAGAAAGCUCAGAAGUUUGCCUACAACAAGUGGUACAUGUACGGGGGCGGGACAUUUAAGAAGCUCUACAACACAGAGAAAGAUGGUGAUAACAGUGUUGUCAAAGGCAGGAAAUGUAUGAACACAGAGCACAAGGCUUUUCAGGCGCCACAAAAACGGCUUUCAUCCGUUCAUAAGGAGACAGUCACAACAGGCUCAGCGAUAAACAUCCCAAGCAGCAGGGCAACAGUGUGCCAUCCAGGCUGCUCUCCUGCCAAGACGUCCCUCGGCUCUACUGUGGAUGUUAAUGUAAGAACUACCCAGCUUUAUUCGCCUUGCAGCUCUCUCAAGACUCCAAUCCGGAGAAACCUGUCUUUGUCAAUACUGCCAUUACCCUCAGUUGGAUCAUUGGUUAGCCACCAAGCAGACAGCAUGAGCAGCACAGGGGCUGGGCCUACAGAAAAGCACAGUGAUUCCAUCUCUGAGCUCUGUGGAGCCCAUGUUCCCUCUGAUAGGAAAAAGCAGAGAAAAGAUGAUGAAUCAAUUCGCCAACUUGAGAUGGAGAUCGCCCCAAACACACUGAGUUACCCCCCUCCCUCUGUGAGUGGCAGUGCACUUCAGCAGGAUGCACACUUCAGUUAUGUCAACCUCCAAAAAACCCCAAAGCACACUCAACUCAAAGGAGCUCUCUUCUCACCAUGCAUAAUCAAUGCAAGUGCACAAUCGGUUAGCACCCUGCCUGUCACUUCCAUCCCCUCAGCUGUCAAGACCAGCUUCCUGCCCAAGUACCAGCUCAAGUUGCCUAACGCUGGGGAACAUGAUUCAAAUACUUCACUGCAUGUUGUGGAUAAACCGACAGUAACCGGUGGCUGCACCUUCACCUCUCCUACAUCAUCUUCUAAAACUGAGCAAACCUCACCUUCAGUCACCUAUCCUGAAAUCAAAUUAAGUGAUCCUGUCACGUCAGCGUUGAUGCAAACUGGUGAUUCCAAAAAGACGAAUGCUCUUAAUUCCAAACAAGCCCAGCUUUUCUUGCCUUGCACAGCUGCAACAUUUUGUCAAGCUGAAACAUCAAGAUUCAAUGAAAAUAUGACAUCUAGUCUCCCUGUGGUGCACAGGCAAUUUGCAGCAACCACAAUAACCACAGCCUGUCUUCAUGAUUACCAGGAAGGAUUAUGCAGCACAUCAAUACAGCCAUUGAAAUCUGCACCUGUGCAGUUACCCCCCCCUGUUGCACCUGUGGUUGCAAACUUCCCUGCUAUACCCCCCAUAAGCACAGAAAACAAUCAGACAUCUGCUACUUCUAUUACAACUAUCUCACAGUGUCGACUUAACUCUAACCUUCCUCUAUCACACUUACAGUUCUUGCCUGAAACAGACCAGUCGAACUUUGUAAACAGAGCAUUUACUGGCCCAAACACCCCAAAAGUACCAUGUCACAUUGUACCGUUUGACCAGGUGCAACCAGCAGGUCAGAAUGUGUUUCAUGUUCACACAGCAGAUCUCCAGAUCUGCCUCCAGAUCAUAUCCGACGAGCAGCUAGCUCUCAUUGAACCGCAGAUUGAGCGUCAUGAGGAUAGCAGCCUCUCACAGAGACGUGACAUGCAAGCACAGGCCGCAGAAGUGAUCCAGAACAAAGCUCAAAGCUCUGCAGCCACGGAAAGAAGCAAUGAGGGAACGGACCAUCGACUGCAGGGGUAUCAAAAGGAGUUGGACCAAAAUGAAUCUUUACCCACACUUAAUGCGGAGAGAAUAAAACCUCCACUGACUGCCCACAUGACUGAACACAGAAAUUCCAGACAGGCUACACUAUCAGCUGAAUCUAAGCCCCCUGAAGCUCCAGGCUUGACAUUACACCCACACAAAUGCAGUCAUGUAAACACGGCCACAGAGACUCUGAGCUCUGCAAGUGAUGUUAUGUCAACUGCUGCUGUACGGUCAGGAAGAAACCAAACUUCAGAGGAGGAACGUGCCCUUUCUCUGAACUCCUUUCCUGAAGAGCAACCUUUCCUGGGCAGCAGGGUCAGUCAAGGUGGACUGGUUUUGCAAACACUCUCUGGUCUUUCUCCCAAUUCAGUAAAUCAGAAUAGAAAAAGUGAACUACUGGGCAAAGAAACACAACAAAAACCUAAAAAUCAAGGAGCUCCAUGUGAAGCAAGCAUAAUGAAAACCAAGUGUGAAGCCUCUGCAUACAGAAGCAGCAGGUUAGAAAGUGGAGAAACACCCUGCUCUAUGCAUGUUAGGUUUGAUAAGGCCAGUGCUGAUGAACUCUCUGGGUCAGUGUCUCCAUUUUCUGUCAAUAAUUGCAAAGCUCCAAGAAAGCUGAACCCACAUGCAUCCAUCUGCUGCAGCAAACCUUCAGAUCCUGCAUUAUCAGAGACUGUGGAUCCAUCUAAACAUGAAAACACAGGUUGUGACGGGGUGGGACCUUCAGACACUUCUGUCACUUUACCGGAAAAGACUCUCUGUGAUUCACAGGAUGUAAUCAGCUUAGCCCACUCACAAAAACUGUUUACUUCAGAGUCCUCUAACAUCCAUGUGGAAAGAACCAAAGACAUCCCAGCUGUGCUCACAAGUAUUCAGAGCCCUACUGCAGGGAUUAUGGAGGGAGACUGCCUGGUGGGAUGUGAAGUCCAGAAGGAGCCACAGAAAUGGGGACAUGUAGGUGUACCUGGACAGUCAGACUGCACCGACUGGAGGCCAAAACUGAGCCAAGAGGCCGGAGAGACAACCCACCAAGGAAUAGAUGGGCAGAGCGGUGGAGGAGUGAUGAGGGAGGAUAAGAACGGAGGAAUCAAGGCAGACACGGUCCCUGGACAGUUGGCCAACACAGAGUCAAACUGCAGAUACACAGCUUUACCAGACAUGACAGAGUUAGAGCCUUUGCAGUCUAUGAAGACCACCUUCUUCGUGGGCCAGGUAGACAGUGUCCUCCGAAGGAUGCAGUCCCUGAAUUGAGACACAGUGGGCUGACUGACCACGGUCCGGUAAUAUGGACAGUCAGGACAGUCAAGUCCUAUGAGAGAGUCACUGUGUGAAUACCUGGGUUGAGCUGAGCUAGUGGCUCUGCAACGAGAGGCCCUCUGGUGUGUUGUUGUGUGUAGGAGAGUGUUAUAGCCUGCUAAUGCUCUUCAUCAUCUCUAAAAAAAAACAAUAACCUCUGAAUAUAGUAAUAUAGUACAGUAAUCUGUGGGCCCAUGCCCUUAAUGCCACUGCAGAUAAGUAUAUAUAUAUAUACAGUAUAUAAAUGACACAAGCUCUGUCAGUGGCACUAAAUGGUAUAAACUUCCUGUGUGCACUGGUCAUUGUUUCGGUAUUACAGCCUACUGCUCGUCCAAACUUGAUGAGUUAUUGCUUGACCAUGUCAAAAUUAAACAAUAAUUCAUCACAAUGGAUACAAUACAAAUUUCCCGGUACAGGAUCAUGUCAGUCUAAUAAUAAUUAUCUUUUUUCCCUCGAAAACAUUUGAAUACGUUUUCAGUCAAUAGUAUUGUAAAGAGUUUAACUGAAAGUUUUAUUUCAGUUAAAUGUUUUGAUUCAUAGCCUCUUUAAAUUUUCUGUUUUUCCGGUUGGAAAACGAUGUUGGCAGCACUGCAGUGAAACCAGGCCAGAACCUACAGAGAGAAGAAAAAAAACCAUGUGGUCAGAUCUGGCGAGAGAGUGUUACUCAGACAGAGAAACUUCUCAAACUGUCUGCAAAAUGCUGUUUCGGUGUCAGAAUGUUCAGAAGAUUUGUGGCUUGUGAGAAAUGGAUCUAGUAUUUACUAUGCACACGUUCACGAGUGAAUGACUCCGGACCUGCGGUGUGUCAGUGGUGAGGCUUCUCCUUUCUGAGCUGUCUCUGGUAAAAACAUUGCACCACAUGUCUGAAUUCAAUACUGUUUGCUCAGUACGUCUGUCAGUCAAUCAAUGUGUUUUUGUAAAGACAGAUGCUUUGAGUCAUAGGCAAGUGUCAUAGGUUAAAGGCCUAGUGGUUCUGUCUUACAGCACCUGUCAGGGGGCUAAUGGUAAGCUGUCACGACUAAAAGACAGUCAAUCUGUUUGUAAGAGCUCCAGGAGGCCUACUCCUUCCUCCCUGAGGUAAACGUGACAAAACGCAGUGUUUCUGCAAACUUUUGAUGGAAAUGUACUGCCAGAGAGGGUGUUCAAAGAUCACCCCUCCGUUGUUUUAAGUGCCAAAGUAAUGGACUUAAGGUGCUAAGGACUGAAAUAAUUGUCCCCAUCCAGAUGAAAACAACUACAGUGCAUGCAAUCAGCAUUUAUGAACGUUCUGCACUCAAGGGUCCUGGGUUAGGGGGCUUGGAAAUCAGACAGACAAACUGAUGCUUUAUCCAAUGAAUUUACAGCAGAUUGCACACUGUAAAUCAUAAUGCUAGUGUCCCUGGAGAUAAGGAUUUUUAAAUAAAGACUGAGUGCAGCAACUUUAACACUGAACCAAUGAAUACCUGUAGACCUGGAAAUCCUAAAUCCCCUCUUAUCUGUCCGCAGGAAGAAACAAUUAUUUUAAUUAUCAUGACUUUUCAGAGGACUAGACUAACCACUGAGCCUUGGGGUGUUGCAUCACUUUCAAUAGUUUCAGGAAGAAAAAAAAACCUUCACCUCAUGUGACCUGUGAUUAAGGAAAUCUUUUAUACCGUAAAACAUUGUACCAUCAUGGAGUUUUAUAAGCAUAUAAGCGUGCCUCCCUCCAUAUAGAGCCACAUGCUUUUUUUUCCAUCCAAGAAUACUAUUAUUA